ACCACCCCAACCCACCACCUCCAUAUUCUCAUUUUCAGUGACUGCAACUAAUCCCCCACCAAAAUGGGGUGUUUAGUUAUGAUGUUUGAACGCUUUUGAAGGCAAGUAAAAUAUGGAGUACUAACAUGAAAACCAAAAUUGAGUGAAGAAUGGUGCAGAAAUUGAGCCCCAAUCCCGAAAUCCAAAUCAACGUCAAAGUCAAAUACAUUCCCUCAGUUUUUUCUUGGUAUAAUUCUGCCAACUUUUCUUGAUUUUACAUUCCCACAGAGAUACAGUAUAAGUAUGUAUACGACUGGUUUAUCACUGCCUUGAAAAAAGAUCUUCUUUUUCUUGAUUGCCGUAUAAAAGCCGAAGCUUGAACCAACCGGCAUUGCUUUCUCCAAAAACAGAGCUCGACCCGUUUCAAGAUUUUGUAUUUCCUGAUCUGGGCCGGGCUUACUUUUUCCGUCGGGGGCGGUUUUGAUGGGUCGGUGAGGCGGCGCCGCCGCUAUGGGUUGCGUGUCGUCGAAGCAGACGGUUUCUGUUACGCCGGCGGCGGUGGACAACUCUGUCGGCGGGUCGGGUCGGAGCAGGGUGGGGAGCUUCGGCGGUGGGAGCGGUUUGGCGGCGGAGCUGGAUGCGAAGCUGAAGAAGGUGAAGAAGAGAGGGGCUACUGAGUCAGGGAGCGAGUUGGGCGAGUCUGGGCGGGCGAGUUAUUCCAAUAGGUCGGUGAGUUUUAGGCUGCACAAGUCUGUGGAGGGGGCGGCGGGGUGGCCGGUCUGGCUGAGUGCGGUGGCCGGAGAAGCCAUCCAGGGAUGGGCCCCACUCAGAGCAGACUCCUUUGAGAAACUUGAAAAGAUUGGUCAAGGAACAUAUAGCACUGUAUUCAGAGCACGUGACUUGGAAACCGGGAAGAUAGUUGCUCUGAAGAAGGUCCGGUUUGACAAUUUUGAGCCAGAGAGUGUUCGUUUCAUGGCUCGGGAGAUAACAAUUCUCCGCAGGCUCGACCAUCCAAAUAUUAUCAAGUUGGAAGGGCUGAUCACUUCCCAGUCUUCGUGCAACAUCUAUCUCGUGUUCGAGUGUAUGGAGCAUGACAUCUCCGGACUACUAUCUUCCCCAGAGAUCACUUUCACCGAAGAACAGGUCAAAUGCUACAUGAAGCAACUGUUGUCUGGGCUCGAGCAUUGCCAUGCUCGAGGAGUGAUGCAUCGGGACAUCAAAGGUGCCAAUCUUUUAGUAGAUGAUGGGGGAGUCCUCAAGGUUGCUGAUUUCGGAUUAGCAAACUUUAGUUCUUAUGGACAGAGGCAGCCUCUGACUAGUCGAGUUGUGACUUUGUGGUAUCGCCCUCCGGAGCUCUUGUUAGGCUCCACAGAAUACGGGGCAUCCGUGGAUUUAUGGAGCGUAGGCUGCUUACUUGCUGAGCUUCUGAUUGGUAGACCCAUCCUUCAAGGGAGAACCGAGGUUGAACAGCUGCACAAAAUAUUCAAACUCUGUGGAUCACCGCCAGACGAUUACUGGAAGAAGACGAAGCUUCCUCAUGCGACAUUGUUUAAACCACAGCAUCCUUAUAAGAGCUCUCUGUGGGAAACCUUCAAGGACUUACCCGAAUCUGCUGUUUCGCUUGUGGAAACUCUUUUAUCCGUGGAACCGCACAAGAGGGGCACGGCUACCUCAGCCCUGGCUUCAGAGUACUUCAAGACGAAGCCGUAUGCUUGUGAUCCAUCGAGCAUGCCAAAAUACCCUCCGAGUAAGGAGAUAGAUAAUAAACAUCAUGAGGAUGCUAGCAGGAAACGGCCCGUUGGAAGAUCACGAGGGCCUGAAUCGAGGAAGCCUACUAGGAAGCAGAACGGAACGAAUAAACUAGCCCCAGAGGAGGCACUAUCUCUCAAAAGACAGAACAUGCCUCCUCAAAAGCAAGGUGAAAAGAAAGCGAACGAUGGAAUCAGCAUCAGCAAUCGUAAAGUAGAGAAUGCAUUCGAUCAGGAGCCGCCUAAGCGUGUGACCAAAGAGGCGUGCCAUGUGAAGAAUGCGUCUCAAGGCGAUGAUGCAUUUGCAGGCCCUCUACAAGUCUCAGGGUCGAGUGGCUUUGCCUGGGCGAAGAAGAGGAUGAUGGAUUCAUCGUUGAGGUCGCGGAGCAGGUCUAGUUCAAGAAGUCUCAUUCUUGAACCUUCUGCCGCUAUGCACCCGAGGAAUAAUUUGGAUUCAGCCAGGGAAGAGAAUUGUGAAGGUGUGAAAGGCAGUACGAAAGGCCACGACUCAUAUGGAACGUUUAAACGAUCAAUGCUCAAGAAAUGGAGCCAGUUGGAGCGCCCGGACUCUUUUGAUGCUUCGGAUGGAUACCACUCUCAGGAACUGUCAGCUGCACUCUACCAUAAACAGGAUGCUAAGAGAAGAAAUUUGGUUCACCAUGAUGAUCAAGGGGAGGAGGUUGAAUUUUCGGGACCCUUGCUGUCUCAAUCGAAGAAAAUUGACGAACUCUUGGAGAAACGCGAGCGUUGCAUUCGCCAGGCAGGUCGAAGACCAUGGUUUCAAAGAGCUAAACUCAAUGGGAAGUAAGUGGAAAUUGAAGCAUUUAUGGGAUUAGAAGAGGAAUGGAUUAUCAUGAUUUGAGGUUUUUGAAGAAAGGGUCUCUGCUUCUCUUCUACAUAUCCCAUUCAUCCAAUGGCUCUUCAUUUUUGUUGUAAUGUACAGCAAAUUUCCAGAAAUAGAUAGUUAUUCAAAUCUA